AUGAAUGACGUUACUCGCGUGAGGGUGGGACGGCCAAGACGAUGCGCCGCUGUCUCAUCACCUGUGCCAUCGCGUAAAUCGAUACGAUUGCAUGGUGUAAUGGACGAAGAUGGACGUGUCGAUGAAUCCAGACUGAGGAAGUACAUUUUUCUAAACGGUGGUGUUUUACCCCAGGAGCGGACGCCUGUGUGGCAGUUCUUGUUUGGUAUGUACCCAAGCAGGUCCACAGCAAUGGAGCGCCCUCGUAUUCAGGAACAAAUGGUUGUUCGCUAUCAGGUUAUGAAGCAGAAGUGGCAACACAUUUGUCCAGGUGCGGUGCACCUGCAACUCAACGGGACUGAUGGGGAGAUAGUUGCUGCCGUUGACUUCUUCCGCCAUCGACAGAGUCUCAUCCAGGAAGAGGUUUCGCGACUGCCUAGAGAAGCAAGGGAAAGGAAAUCUUUUCUAGAACUACAGACUGAGAUAUUACUGAAACGUGUUGACAUCAACCUAGAGGAACUGCAGGAGGCCAUCCGCAUUAUUGAUAAGGACGUCCCAAGAACUGACAGAGACCUGAACUAUUACCUGGGUGAAGGCCUUGGAAACCUUCUUGUACUGAGAGACAUCCUCAUUACGUACGCGGCUUUUCAUCCAGAUGUUAGCUAUGCUCAGGGGAUGAAUGACAUCUGUAGCCGGUUCCUUGUAGUGUUGGACUCGGAGGUCGACACCUUCUGGAGUUUCUCCUGUUACAUGAAGACCUUCUCCAAAGACUUUCACGUCGAUGGAUUGCACCGCAAAAUAGAGUUGGAAGCAGCACUAUUAAAGGAGCUGGACCCCCUUCUGCAUCGACAUCUUGUCACUGACAGCAUGGACCGAUUCACCUUCUGCCACAGGUGGCUGUUGCUGGGCUUUCAGAGGGAGUUUGAACAUAGCGAGGCUCUGCGUCUUUUUGAGAUCCUACGAUGCGAUCACCUCGAACUCAUAUCCCAACAGGUUGAACGAGCUCGCUACCAGGAAAGGAUCAUCCAGAAUCAGACCGCUGAAGACAAGCCCAGGAUAGAGCCACUGCUCAUGAAAACAGAGUACACGUUUGAACUUUUUAUCUGUGCAAGCAUCAUACUGGAGAACAGGGAAAAACUACUGAACUGCCGAAAUGAUGUCCAGCUCAUCCAGUUCACCAGCAGUCUGCAGGGCACGCUUGACUUAAACAGCACCCUCAAGAAGGCAGAGGAACAUUUCUUCAACUACUGCAAGUGUUCAACGUGGGGCUAUCUUAACAGCCGCUACCACAGUCACAGAAGCAAAGACCAUUUCCUAAAUCAGAUCCGGAACCUAUUUACAUGACUUCAAAGGGAAAAGUCGUAUGGUUUCAGUGGGAAACAAGCACAAUCAAUAGAUGGUUACCUGGCCCCCAGUAUGCUAUGGACAAAUGUGAGGUAUACCUUUCAAGUGACUGCCCCUUGUGCUGUUUUGUAUUAUUGCAGGUGGAUGAACACGUAGACAGUAAACUAGGCGAACCUGCCUAGUCGCAAAAAAUAUUUUUUUGCCUGAAGAGGUGGUCUAGUAUUGCACCGUUGUGCACAAAACUAUGGCCAACUCUUCCUCCAAUCACACUGUGAUGUUUUUUUCCCUGUGUGAAUCGUUGGGAUGGGUUAGCA